GGCCGCCAUAGGUGCGCGUCGGAGCCCAGGAGGACGUGUGGCGCGUGGACUACAUCAGGUCCAGCCCUGCGGGACCCCAGCAGGCGCUUCCGGGCAAGAUUCUGUGCACCUGUUUUCUCCUUCUACGCGAGUAUCUUUCCCCUCCGGAAAGAAUGGGUUAUGCCUGUGUCCAAAGGACAAGAAGAUGCGCGCCAGCAAGCCUAAGUUAACCACAGCGCGGAAGUUGAGCCCAAAGCAAGAGCGUGCCGGGCACCUUUAAGCUGUUUGUAAGCUCACGUGACUCACCAAGUGCGGGCCCCAGCGGUCACGUGACGGCGCGCGCGCCCUCGCGCAGGGAGAGCCGGCGGUGCGCGCGCCUUCGCCGCUGCCUCCCACCCACCCCCUCCACGGGAGGGUGAGGCGCGGCGCAGUGAUCGGGCGGCCGGGGUCCUGUGCGCGUGCGCAGCGAACAGCUGUCACCUAGUGCGGAACAAGUCUCCCAAAUUUCCCAAAUCUCCCUGGGCCGAAGGCCACUGUCUUCUUCUCUUCCUCCUCCACCGAGUCGUGCUCUCGCCCCAACCCACGCGCCAGACACUGCCCUAGCCAUCAUGGAGGUGGCCAAGGUGGAAAGUCCUCUGAACCCCAGCUGUAAGAUAAUGACCUUCAGACCCUCCAUGGAGGAGUUCCGGGAGUUCAACAAAUACCUUGCAUACAUGGAGUCUAAAGGAGCCCAUCGUGCGGGUCUUGCAAAGGUGAUUCCUCCUAAGGAGUGGAAGCCAAGACAGUGCUAUGAUGACAUUGAUAAUUUGCUCAUUCCAGCACCAAUUCAGCAGAUGGUCACAGGGCAGUCAGGACUGUUCACUCAGUACAACAUCCAGAAAAAAGCGAUGACUGUGAAGGAGUUCAGGCAGCUGGCCAACAGUGGCAAAUAUUGUACUCCAAGAUACUUGGAUUAUGAAGAUUUGGAGCGCAAGUACUGGAAGAACUUAACUUUUGUGGCACCCAUCUAUGGUGCAGAUAUUAAUGGGAGCAUAUAUGAUGAGGGUGUGGAUGAGUGGAACAUAGCUCGCCUGAAUACAGUCUUGGAUGUGGUUGAAGAAGAGUGUGGCAUUUCUAUUGAGGGUGUAAAUACCCCAUAUCUCUAUUUUGGCAUGUGGAAGACCACGUUUGCAUGGCACACCGAAGACAUGGACCUCUAUAGCAUUAAUUAUCUCCACUUUGGAGAGCCCAAGUCUUGGUAUGCUAUACCUCCGGAGCAUGGAAAACGACUUGAAAGACUAGCUCAAGGUUUUUUCCCAAGCAGCUCCCAAGGGUGUGAUGCAUUUCUUCGCCACAAGAUGACAUUGAUUUCUCCAUCAGUAUUGAAGAAAUACGGUAUUCCCUUUGACAAGAUAACCCAGGAGGCUGGAGAAUUCAUGAUCACUUUCCCGUAUGGCUACCAUGCUGGUUUUAAUCAUGGUUUCAACUGUGCAGAAUCUACAAAUUUUGCUACUGUCAGAUGGAUUGACUAUGGAAAAGUUGCCAAAUUGUGCACUUGCAGGAAAGACAUGGUGAAAAUUUCAAUGGAUAUCUUUGUGAGGAAAUUUCAGCCAGACAGAUAUCAGCUUUGGAAACAAGGAAAGGAUAUAUACACCAUUGAUCACACAAAGCCUACUCCAGCAUCCACCCCUGAAGUAAAAGCAUGGCUGCAGAGGAGGAGGAAAGUAAGAAAAGCAUCCCGGAGCUUCCAGUGUGCUAGGUCUACCUCUAAAAGGCCUAAGGCUGAUGAGGAAGAGGAAGUGUCAGCUGAAGUCGAUGGGGCAGAGGUCCCUAACCCCGACUCAGGCACAGAUGACCUCAAGGUCAGUGAAAAGUCAGAAGCAGCAGCGAAGCUGAGGAACACAGAAACACCUUCAGAAGAAGAGUCGUCUGCUAGCAGGAUGCAGGUGGAUCAGAAUUUAUCAGAUCAUAUCAAACUCUCAGGAAACAGCUGCUUAAGUACAUCUGUAACAGAAGACAUAAAAACUGAGGAUGACAAAGCUUAUGCAUAUAGAUGUGUACCUUCUAUAUCCAGUGAGGCUGAUGAUUCCAUUCCAUUGUCUAGUGGCUAUGAGAAGCCCGAGAAAUCAGACCCAUCCGAGCUUUCAUGGCCAAAGUCACCUGAGUCAUGCUCAUCAGUGGCAGAGAGUAAUGGUGUGUUAACAGAGGGAGAAGAGAGUGAUGUGGAGAGCCAUGGGAAUGGCCUUGAACCUGGGGAAAUCCCAGCGGUCCCCAGUGGAGAGAGAAAUGGCUUCAAAGUCCCCAGUAUAACAGAGGGAGAGAACAAAACCUCUAAGAGUUGGCGCCAUCCACUUAGCAGGCCUCCAGCAAGAUCCCCGAUGACUCUUGUGAAGCAGCAGGCGCCGAGUGAUGAAGAAUUGCCUGAGGUUCUGUCCAUUGAGGAGGAAGUGGAAGAAACAGAGUCUUGGGCGAAACCUCUCAUCCACCUUUGGCAGACGAAGUCCCCUAACUUCGCAGCUGAGCAAGAGUAUAAUGCAACAGUGGCCAGGAUGAAGCCACACUGUGCCAUCUGCACUCUGCUCAUGCCAUACCACAAGCCAGAUAGCAGCAAUGAAGAAAAUGAUGCUAGAUGGGAGACAAAAUUAGAUGAAGUCGUUACGUCGGAAGGAAAGACUAAGCCCCUCAUACCAGAGAUGUGUUUUAUUUAUAGUGAAGAAAAUAUAGAAUAUUCUCCACCCAAUGCCUUCCUUGAAGAGGAUGGAACAAGUCUUCUUAUUUCCUGUGCAAAGUGCUGCGUACGGGUUCAUGCAAGUUGUUAUGGUAUUCCUUCUCAUGAGAUCUGUGAUGGAUGGCUGUGUGCCCGGUGCAAAAGAAAUGCGUGGACAGCAGAAUGCUGUCUCUGCAAUUUGAGAGGAGGUGCUCUUAAGCAAACGAAGAACAAUAAGUGGGCCCAUGUCAUGUGUGCCGUUGCAGUCCCAGAAGUUCGAUUCACUAAUGUCCCAGAAAGGACACAAAUAGAUGUAGGCAGAAUACCUUUACAGAGGUUAAAAUUGAAAUGCAUCUUCUGCAGACACCGGGUUAAGAGGGUCUCUGGAGCCUGCAUCCAGUGUUCCUACGGUCGCUGCCCGGCCUCCUUCCAUGUCACUUGUGCCCAUGCUGCUGGGGUACUGAUGGAGCCUGAUGAUUGGCCUUAUGUGGUGAACAUUACAUGCUUUCGACAUAAGGUCAACCCCAAUGUGUUCACAGCACAGAGUAAGCACUCAAAAAAUGAAAGUUGUAUUGCUACUACUACUUCUACUGCUGCUGCUGCUGGUGCUACAAUCUUAUGUGAACUGGGCCACAAGUCCAAGGCUUGCGAGAAGGUCAUUUCCGUGGGUCAAACGGUCAUCACGAAGCAUCGGAACACCCGGUAUUACAGUUGCAGAGUGAUGGCUGUGACAUCGCAGACCUUCUAUGAGGUCAUGUUUGAUGAUGGCUCCUUCAGCAGAGACACAUUUCCUGAGGAUAUCGUGAGCCGAGACUGUCUGAAGCUGGGCCCACCUGCCGAGGGAGAAGUCGUCCAAGUCAAGUGGCCCGAUGGCAAACUCUAUGGAGCGAAAUAUUUUGGAUCAAAUAUUGCCCACAUGUACCAGGUUGAGUUUGAAGAUGGAUCCCAGAUAGCAAUGAAGAGAGAGGACAUCUACACUUUAGAUGAAGAGUUACCCAAGAGAGUGAAAGCUCGAUUUUCCACAGCCUCUGACAUGCGAUUUGAAGACACAUUUUAUGGAGCAGACAUUAUCCAAGGGGAGAGAAAGAGACAAAGAGUGCUGAGCUCCAGGUUUAAGAAUGAAUAUGUGGCCGACCCUGUAUACCGCACUUUUUUGAAGAGCUCUUUCCAGAAGAAGUGCCAGAAGAGACAGUAGUCUGCAUACAUUGCUGCAGGCCACAGAGCAGCUUGAGUUGGAAGAGAGAAGAUGAAGGGACAUCCCUGGGGCUGUGCCAUGACUUUUGCUGGCAUAGGUGAUGGGGUGUGUCUCUGACAGUGGUAAAUCGGGUUUCCAGAGUUUGGUCACCAAAAAUACACAAUACACAAUUAAUUGGACACAGCAAUCUGAAAUCAUCUCUAGUCUUGCUUUCACUUGUGAGCAAUUGUCUUCUAUGAUCCCAAAGAAGUUUUCUAAGUGAAAGGAAAUACUAGUGAAUCACCCACUAGGAAAAGCCACUGCCACAGAGGAGGCGGGUCCCCUUGUGCGGCUUAGGGCCCUGUCAGGAAACACACGGGGACCUCUCUCUCUAGCUCCAGCAGGUGGCACCUCGGUACCCAGCAGGGAGGGUGAUAAUUUAUAUAUUUUCCACAGUCAGGGAAGGACUCUCACUUAUUUGUUUCAAAUUGCAGUUUUUAUAAAACAUUUUUAAAACACAAAUGGCAUGUAUGCUAAUGAGAUUUACCUGUGUGCUAUCUGUAUUUCCCUUGUACAGAACUUUUACAUUUUUGAAUAUUCCUAUUACUUUUGAUUGUGUCUGAUGGGAACUGAGUUGUUGGCCUUUGUGAAAUGAAACUUUUGGCUCUUGAGAAAGAAUUCUUAUGAAUUGUUAUGCGAAUUUUAUAUAUUUAAAGAGGGAGAUCUGGGGCUGUUAUUUUUAAACACUUUUUUUCAUAAUACAUAUUCUGAGUAGAUAUUUAUAAAAUAUAUGUUUCUUUCAUUAUGUGUUUGUAAAAUUAGAGUUUAAAUAAAUAUGCUUUGAUGCAUAGUUUUGAACUAAUGUAACAUGAUUUUUCUUUUUUAAAACAGCCUGAAAAUGUACUAGUGUUUAAAAAUAAAGAUUUCCAUUUUCUCCA